CACUCUGCUUUCUCCAGUCUCUGCUGUUGAAAAGAUGCUUGCCUCCACCUCUCUCAAUACCUGCCAGGAUAACUCAGGUCUCCAAGCCAGUUUCUUCAACGCCGUUUACACUCCCAACAACAACUCAGCCACCAUCAAUCUGGUGGCCACAUCCUCUGUUACAGGCUACGUCGAAUUUGAUAUUGAAGCCUCGGCUUACGGAUACACCUUUCUAAAGACCACGCUCGACCCGUGCAAGAUCAAGCUUCCUGGCAUGUGUCCCAUGACGGCUGCUGCCAAGUUCAAUAUUCCCUUCACCCUCCCCGUUCCCGCUGAUGCAGCCAAAUCGAUUCCUUCCAUCGCCUACACCAUCCCUGAUCUGGAUGCCAUGGUCAGGGUGCGCGUUAACCUCACAAGCACAAAGGAAAGUAUUGCCUGUGUCGAGGCCAACAUCUCCAACGGCUUGACGGUUAAUCUGGUUGGUGUGAAAUGGGCUACAGCCAUUAUUGCCGGUAUUGCUUUGGUUUCAUCCGCCAUCUUCAACGGACUGGGCCACUCCAACACCGCCGCCCACGUUGCUGCCCUCUCGCUCUCCCUCUUUGGCUAUUUCCAGGCCCAAGCCAUGAUUGGCUUGACUGGCGUGGAGCUGCCUCCCAUCGCUCAGGCUUGGACUCAAAACUUCCAGUGGUCCAUGGGCAUCAUCCACAUCGGCUUCAUGCAGACCAUCUUCACUUGGUAUCAGCGUGCUACAGGUGGCACCCCUGCCACUCUCUUUAGCUCGCUGGGAUCUGUUUCCGUCUCUGUGCAAAAGCGUGGUCUGGAUGCCGGCCUCGAUGCUGGCAAGGAGCUGAUGAGACGCAGCCUCGCUCUCAUGCCUGCGUCUGCCGUCCAUCUUCUGAAGCGAAGCGGCAACAUCUUGUCCCCGUCUGGAGGCUAUGUGGUCUAUGGAAUUCAGCGUGUGGCAUUCAAGGCCAAGAUUGAAACCACCAACCUCUUCCUCACAGGUCUGACUUUCUUUUGGCUCUUUGCCAUCUUCACCAUGCUUGGCAUCACUUUGUUCAAGUUUGCCUUGGAAGGUUUGGCCAAGCAGGGCGUCAUGAAAUCAGACAAGUUCCUCGAGUUCCGCAACGGUUGGCGGACUGUUCUCAAGGGUAUCCUCUACCGCAUCGCCCUCAUCGGUUUCCCACAGCUUUCUAUCCUGUGCCUCUGGGAAUUCACGCAACGUGACUCCGCGGCCGAAGUUGUGCUUGCCGUCUUCUAUUUCUUUUGUCCACUUAUUGCUCUUGCCUGGGGAUCUAGCAAGGUGAUUCAGAUUGCCCGCCGAUCCAUCAACAUGCACGGAAACGCAGCCUACAUCCUCUUCUCGGACCCCCAGGCUCUCAACAAGUGGGGUUUCCUGUACGUGCAGUUCCGUGCCUCUGCUUACUACUUCAUCGGGCCCAUCUUGGCCUACACCUUUAUCAAAGCCAUGUUUGUGGCUUUUGCGCAAAAGACUGGCGUCGCCCAGGCUGUCGGCUUCAUCAUCCUCGAGAUUGGCAUGCUCAUUGCCGCGUCGGUGUUGCGCCCCUGGAUGGAUAAGAAGACCAACUCGUUCAACAUUGCCAUUUACGUCAUCAACUUCUUGAACUCCAUCUUCUUGCUCAUCUUUACCAACGUCUUUGGCGCGCCUUUGUUGGCCAUCGGUGUUGUUGGUGUCAUUUUGUUUGUCCUUAAUGCCAUCUUCUCCACGGUUCUUCUUCUCAUGGUUGUCGCUUCAACUAUUUAUUCCAUUGUGCGCAAGAACCCCGACGCCCGAUACCAGUUCAUGGCGGAUGACCGAGCGUCGUUUAUGAAGUCACAAACUCAGCUCAACAAUGGCGCCGCUACUGAGUUAGACGCAUUGGCAGUUACCGCUAGAGGCGACAAGGGAUACAAGCUUGGAGACGAAGAAUCAAUUGCAUCUGACGAAAUGCACCACCCUACGGAACCCGCUACCAGCAUGGCUUAUGCUCCUCAGACCAUGAACCCUCAAGCUGGCUUCUACCAGCCGACGCGUUCAGUAUCCCCCGUCAACCCAUCUGUGCCACUCUUCCCAGCCAAUGACCAGCAGUCCCAUUCAUCAUACGGCCACGGCUCAUCGCCAGCGCCAAUGGGACGAGUUCCUUCGUACGACAACAACCACAACACGAGCCCUGGCGGCUACAGAGCACAAAACAAUGCAAGCCCCUGGCAGCGUGGUGCUGGUUACGAUUAAGCAAGCCCCGACCCUGACCGUUCUAUAGACCUACAAUGACGCACAUCUCUUUUUUUUUUUUCUUCUCUCAUUUCUUUAGUCUUGUUUUCUCUAUUUAUAAUCAGUCGCACGCGAAUCCCACGAGGGACAAUUGCCAUCACCUGAUGCGCGUGUAUAUCACAAACAGCCUAGUGUGUAUAUGAGGGCCGGCUGUCCUCAAUAUCCUGAGUCAUUCGUCAUGUGUGGUAGGAGAGAGCGACGGGCUGGCUCUGUUUUGGCGAUGCAAUGCGAUGCGAUGCGAUGCGUGUAAAGGCGUUUACUAAGAAGGCUGACCUUGUUCGUUGUCUGGGCUACUUGAAGGAGUACUGUUUGAAAGAGCGAGCGAGAGCAUACACAUAUAAAAAGGACAUUGCGUGCCGCUCACCUAUUUUUUCUCAUGUAUGUACAUAGGGUCUCGUUGGAGAGAUCGAAUUGGCCAUUUAGAGGCCGAUGGUUAUGACAACUACUGCUACAACUAUUUACCUGACCUUGACUUUGAGGCUCGGGAUGUAUAGAGCGUGCAAACUUGGAUAGAUUUGAAAUGAUGUUCCAGUCUUGCC